AUGACUGAUAAUCAUUCUUUCUCCAAUAUUUAAAACGAAAACUAUGAUUAACAAAGUUAUAUUCAAAAGAGAGAAGUUGUCACUACAAAUAAUAUGACAACAUUUGUUAUUGAUCAAUAAGAAGAUUAAUAAUUUGAAUAAAGACCUCUAUAAACUCCAAAUGAAGGCUAAGAAUAAUCCAUGCUCUCUAUUCCAGAAUAAGAAGAGGAAGAAGAGUAAAAAUUUCCUUUUUUUUUGGGAGAAAAUAACUGUUUUGUGUAAAAAUUAUUUUUUAUACACUUGACUUCUUAUUGCUUAUUUUUAAAAAAAAAUGUUUUAGAUAAAGGGGAAAAAAUUUGUGAUAAACACUUACCAAAGUUGUCGUUUUCAGAAAAUAUUAAAUAGACUGUUGAGUAGUCUUAAUAGAAAUUAGAAAGAAUUUAAUAUAUACAUUUCUACGAUUUAGUUAAACUUGUUUUUUUUGGAGAAUUAAAGUUUUUAACUUUAAUCAGUUGUUUAUCAUACUGUUGUGAAACUAUUGCAAAAAAUGGAAUUUCAGUAAUAAUGAGCUUAUUAAUCACUUCUGUAUCAUAAAAGAAAAUGGAUGAAGCAUAUAAUUAUGCAAUAGGUUAUAUUUUAUUGAGUUUGAUUGGAAUUAUCUUUAGACAUCAUGGCUCUAAUUUUUCUAUGAUAUUUUCAUCAAAAGCAAGAAUGAUGUUAGUAAACUUAGUUUUCAAUAAGUUGACCGAUUUAAGUUCUUUUUCAAUUAAAGAAGCUAAUAUUGGUAAGAUCCUAAACCUGAUUUCAGGUGAUAUUAAUUAACUUGAAUCAAUCCUUUAUAUGAUAUUUUAAAGUAGUGUAAUUUUACUGUCAGUUGGAAUUGGUUGCUAUAUUUUAUGGGUUAGAUUUAAUGGUGCAAUCGGUGUUUUAGUAUUGGCUAUUGUCUUUUUAGCGUACCCUAUUUAGAUUGCAUUGUAAUCAUUCAAUUCAGGAACUUUAAAACAAUCUAAGUAAUUUUAGGAUAAACGUUUAAAAUUAACGAAUGAACUUGUAGAAGGAAUACGAUUGAUUAAAAUGUAUGCUUGGGAAGAGGCAUUUUAUUAAAUGAUAUCUACUAUUAGAAAAGAUGAAUUCAAAUGCUUAUUUAAAAUAGCUAUUCGUUCGUCAAUUGACAGAUUAUUUACAAUAUUAUCUCAAAUUUGGUCAAGUUUAAUUUUUUUUAUAAUACUUCAUUAUUCUGGGUAUCGUGAGAUAAUGAGCGUUGCUGAAAUGAUAUCAACUCUAUAAUUAUUAUCUUCCUUUAAAAUUAGUUGUAUAUUAAUGGUAUCUUAUGCAAUUUAAUCAGCAAUAUUAAUUAAAAUAUCUUUUGAAAGGAUUACAAACAUUUUAAACAUCAAAAAUCGAGAAAUGGAAAAAGUUAAAGAUGAUCGAACUACCAUUAAGAAUCUCUAAAUAGAUGAAAAUUCUUAAAAUUUAAGAAUUUAAUUUAAUAAUUUUGAUGGAUAUUGGUAAAAUCCAGAAGUAUUAGAAUCGAAGCCAAUAUUAAAGGGAAUAUCAUUAGAUAUAUCAGAUGGAGAAUUGUGGGCAAUAAUAGGAAAAGUAGGAAGUGGUAAAUCUUCAUUAAUAAAUGCUUUAUUAUUUGAGAUGCCUUUUUAUAAGGGUGAAUUUCUGAUAAAUGGAAAAGAAGCUGAAAAAGGAACACUAAAUACUGCAUAUGUUGAAUAAGAACCUUAUAUAUUUCCAGGGACUAUUAGAAAUAAUAUUUUAUUUGGAAGAUCAUUUGAUAAAGUAUUAUACUAAAGAGUUAUCCAUGCAUCUUAAUUAGAAUAGGAUUUACUGUAAAUGAAAUUCCAUGAUUAAACUGAAAUAGGGGAAAGAGGAACCACACUUUCUGGAGGUUAAAAGGCUAGGUUAUCAUUUGCAAGAGCAUUAUAUUAACUGGCAGACUUAUAUUUAUUGGAUGAUCCAUUAUCCGCAGUUGAUGCACAUGUUGCUAGGAAUAUGUUUCAGACAGGGAUUAAAGAAUUCAUCUAAGAAUAUUAAGUUAUGAUGAAUCCUAAUAAGAAUAAGCCUAUUGUUGUUUUAGUAACCCAUUAGAUUUAGUAUGCUUUAGAAUGUGAUAAAAUAGCAGUAAUGAAUAAUGGAGAAGUAAUAAUGUCAGGUACAUUUGAAGAUUUGAAAACUAAAAUUGAUACAAUAAAUGAUGAUUUAGCAGGAUAAUUAUGUUAAUCACCUUCUCCUAAAUAAAGAAAAUUUAAAAGAUCAAUUAUUUCUCAUAGAUCUAAAAUAAGAAAUGCUAAAAUUAAUUCUCUUAUUGUUAAAGAAGCUGAUUAGUAAAGAUUAAUUAAUUUAAAAACUUAUUCAACUUAUUUUAGUUAUUGGAAAUUAUUAAUCUUUAUUUUAAUAUUAGGACUUGAAACGGGAUCAGAAGUUUUGAUAAUUUUUUAUUCUAGAAUCAUUUCCUUAUUUUAAUUUUAUAGAGAAUCAUGAUAUAGAUUAAGCCUAUUUAAUUUUAGGUCUUUUAACUCUAGGAUUAUUAAUUUGCAAUUUGAUGAAAUAUAUCUUAAAUUCUAUUUCAGUCUAAAGCACAACCUAAAAAAUUCAUAAUAAAAUGUUAAAUUCUUUAAUUAAAGCUCCAAUCUCUUAUUUUGAUGUGAAUCCAUCUGGUAGAAUAAUAAAUCGAUUUUCAAAUGAUUUAUCCUUAUGUGACUAUUCAACAAACACAGUAAUUUUAGAUGUUCUUGAAAUCAUAGGAUAUUUCUGCUUUGCUUUAGUAACCUUGGCUAUCCUAUAACCUUUUUUUUUAAUUAUGAUCGUUUUCAUCAUUAUUAUAGAUGUUUAUUAAUAUAUUUUCUUGAAGAAAAUAAUUAGUUAAUUGAAAGAGUUGGAGUUGAUGCAAAGAAGUCCUCUUUUUGAUUUUUUAAAAUAAACGCUCUCUGGAAUAGCUUAAGUUAGAGUGUACAAAUAAAAAGAAUGGUUUAGAAAUCAGUUUUUAUAAUUAUCAAAUAAAUGUAAUUUGAACUCUUUAACAUAUUAAUAUGCAACAAGAUGUUUUGGCUUUAAUUUAGAUAUUGUAGGUUGCAUAGCCUAAACAGUAGGAAUAUUCUUAUUCUUAUACUUUAAUAAUGAUAAUAUUCCUGUACUUGCAUAAGGUAUAUUAAUGCUAACUACUUAUAACGAUGGAUUAUAAUAUGGCUUAAGAUAAUUGAUCAAUUUUGAGACUUAAAUGAAUUCCUAUAAUAGAAUGUUUUAAAUUAUUGAUAUAAAAUCAGAAGCACCACAUACAACCAAAGCAGAUUAGCAAUAUUCAAAUUUUCCAUAGAAUGGUGAUGUUACAUUUGAUAAUAUUCAUAUGUAAUAUAGAGAUAAUUGUCCCUAUGUUUUGUAAGGACUUACAUUUAAGAUUAAAAGUGGAGAAAAGAUAGGUUGUGUAGGGAGAACUGGAGCUGGGAAAUCCUCUAUUAUAUAAGCUAUUUUUAGAAUGAAUGAGAUUGAUAAAAGCUUUAUUUCAAAAUUAGAAAUUGCUAAUGUUGACAUUUAAACCUUAGGAUUGCAUAAAUUAAGGAGUAGUAUUGGAAUCAUACCAUAAUCUCCUUUUUUAUUUUCUGGAACUAUUCGUUAAAAUUUAGAUCCCCUUUAAUAAUUUAAUGAUGAUCAAUUGUGGAUGGCUUUAGAAGAUUCUAAUUUAACUAAUUAUGUUAAAUCUUUGCCAAAAGGCUUAGAUUCAAAUAUUGAAGAUGUCAAUUCUGUUUUUUCUGUAGGCUAAAAAUAAUUGAUUUGUCUUGCCAGGAUUAUUUUAUCUUAAAAAAAGAUAAUUGUAUUAGAUGAGGCAACUGCAAAUGUUGACAUGUAAACAGAUGAAUUUAUUUAAAAUACUAUAAAAAAGAAGUUUCAAAAUUCUACUUUGAUUACUAUUGCUCAUAGAUUAAAUACAAUUGCAGAUUAUGAUAAAGUUAUGGUGAUGUCAGAUGGAAAAGUAAUUGAAUUUGAUUCUCCUUUCAAUCUUUUGGCUUUAUCAAAUUCAUCAAUUUCAAUAGAUAAGCACUCAGAAUUUUCUAGAUUGGUUGUAAACACUGGUGAUGAAAAUGCUUAAUAAAUCUUUGAUAUAUCAAAAUAAUAUCAAAAUAUUAAUGAUUGA